GCCUCAGGCCCCGCUCCACAGCGAACCGCUACCCGCAGAUCCUCCCCGUCCUCCGGUUAAACACGGCUCCUCCGCGCAGACAGAGAGGAGCUGCGCCCGCAAUGAGUGAAUGAAGGCGGGCAGAAGCUGAGCGGAAGUCCGGGACCCGCUGCUCGCAUUGGGGCUGGAGGAAGGUGGAGCCUGAGGCGUAGCAGCUGUGGUGAUGGUGUUGGACUCAGGUGAAGUCUUCAUGGAUCAGGUUGAGGGUGAAAGUGUUGGGAGCAGCAGGGACCUGUUGGAGCCAGAAGUCCGGGCAGAUCCACCUAAAACCAGCAGCAGCUCCACCAGAGCGCCGGCCAAAAGGAGUAAUGUCGCCAAGAAGGGGAAGGUGUCCCACAACGGACUUCCAGCCCAGACGAACAGCAGCCAGGUCGUAGAGAGGAGGUCAUCGUCAUCGUCAUCCAGAGGCGGGGCCACGUCCAGGCCGCCGCUCCGCCGCCCCCUCAGCCUGGAGAUGACGCCCCAACGGCUGCGAGGGUCUCAGGACCAGGUGGCGGACAGGCGGAUCGUGCAGCCUCCUUGGCGCAGCUGUUCGGCCGCCCCCUCGCCCCCGGCGCGGAGCCUGACCAGCCCCAGCCUGGGCGCAGGAGGCUGGAUGCGCCGCAGCGAGAGCACCUGCUCGGUCAACUACUCCCUGGGGCUCCGGGCCGGCAGGGGCCAGAUGCGACCUGCCACCUCUCUGCCACAUAUAGCGAAGGGGGUGGGGGGCACGACGCUGCCUACACCCUCCAGGCCCUGUCUGCUGGUCGCCCUCAGGCCUCUGAACCUGGAGCAGGAGAAGCGGACUUUCUUCCAGUCCGACUACAAGUACGAGCCUCAGUUUGAGUACACUCAGCCUGAGCCCAGGAGCGUGCUGGAGAAGUACAGGGACGGCUCAGGCCUCUUCCUGGAACAGGCGGUUGGAAUCAUGGAGUGCGUCCUGAGGAAGUUUGGCUCCUAUGAGAACUUUGAGGAGGUGACGGGUGGCAACAUCCUACCUAAAAGUCAAGUCUGGGCUGCUGUACGCAAAUAUCUGCAGAAGGAAGGCUGCGUGGGGGAGGUGGUGGUCCGUCUGUCUGACGAGCUGCUGUCUCAGGCGGUGAUGGUGGUGGAGAGCUGUCGUCCAACUCUGACCAUCAACCUGGCUGGAGCUCGACAGCACUGGCUGGAGGGGAUGCUGAGACACGAGAUCGGAACACACUAUCUGCGAGGGGUGAAUAACAACCUGCAGCCCUGGGCCACCUCUGAGGGCAGGAAGCAGUUCGGCCUCAAACCGGCCAAUCCCACGGAGGAGGGCCUGGCCAGCCUGCACAGCGUGUUGCUACGGAAACAGCCGUACCUGUGGCGCGCUGCUCUGCUGUACUACACGGUGUACCACGCCACCAGCAUGAGCUUCAGCCAGCUAUUCAGCCACAUCGCUCGCUUCGUCCAGGACCCGGACGUCCGCUGGGAGUACUGCCUGCGAGCCAAGAGGGGACAGACGGACACCUCGCAGCCCGGAUGCUUCAGUAAAGAUCAGGUUUAUCUGGACGGGAUCCUCCGAAUCCUUCGCCAUCGCAGGGCCAUUGACUUCAAGAUGUUGACUUCCUUAGGCAAGGUGUCCUACGAGGACGUGGAGAGGCUGCGGCAGCUGGCAGUGUUCCCACGGACCAGAAUCCCACACUUCAUGCGAGACCAGGAGCGGUACCUGCAACAUCUGGAUCACAUCGUCGCCGUGAACGAACUGGACGACUCAGCGCUGCAACAUCUGCUCCCCUGACCGUCCUGCCCCACCCCCAGCCCCCCGCACCACCUGAGUCCAGGAGGUGAAGGAUGCCGGACUGUCUCAUGUGGUGCGCUGUCACUUAAAGUAUCCAGUAUUAUCGAUGCUUCAUUCGGCCGAUUUUUUGUAAAACUUGAAUGAUGCGAACAAAAGGGACGUACACACUAACACCUCUAUCUACAUUUUCACUUUUGUCCAGUGCAUGUUUAUGUGGCUUCUUCACAGAGCCGAGUACAGUUCAAGUGCCCCCCCUCGCCCCCUUCGCCUUUACUCCUACUAUGAAGUUACCUCAAUACUGCAACUCUACGAUGUAACCAACAUAUAUAUGUAGACUCAUACAUAAUCACCGCAUCCAGCGCCUGUACAGGACACUGCUAACAUGUCGUGUACAGACUUAAACAUUCAUAAUCACGUGCUUUAUUUAUGCAAUUAUUUAAGAUUUUUUUACGUUAAGAGAACAAACUGAAUGUCUCUGGUAUUAGCUUUAUACCUUUUUUUUUUAGAUGACAUUGUUUUAUGCCUUAGAUCGUUUGCAUUUCAAAAAGGACACCAAGGACACGUUGUUUCCAAACCCUGAGGAAGACCUAACUGAGACCAUGAAUCCUUAAUAUAUCAAGUGCCAGUGGACUCAGUCAAGUGUUACAAAAUUCCCCAGGGUGGUUUUUAAAAUAUCAGUUAUUAAUUAGAUAAUCAGCUGUGUUGUUUCUGUCCUAACAGCGUCCUUGGUGGUCUUUUGAUAUCAAUAUGCUACUGUGAUGUGACCCGUCCCCGAGCUCCCCCCUCUGCAGCAACCAAACUUUCUUUUGCAACGCUAAUGGAGAAGUUGUAAGCUAAUUAGCUUUCUUACAAAAAGGUAGAUGAGAAGAUUGAUGCCACUCUCAUGUAUGUGUGUUCAGUAUGUAGCUGAGGACAGAGAAGAGACUUUCAAAAACCACAACAGCAGAAUUAAAUGGAAGGAAUGUCUGCCCUAACAUUAGCACAUUAGCACAUGUGGCUAACUAGCUCAAUACUUACAGUACUAACUGAGCAUUACUUGCAAAGCUAAGGAGCACAUAAGUAACUAAUUACAUUAGUUUGAGGCGUUACAGGUUGCGUUCACAACCAGCACAUCCACUGUGUGGUAUUUCCUGGAUGCUAUCUUGAGUUUAUGCUAACGUUAGCAGCUCUAUCCUGCUCUGUGCUGGAUUUGGAAAAGUUCACACUCGAGCAACGCCAGCCAAACUGGUAACCAGGUUAGAGUUAAUGUUUGCCAAACACAUCAGUUAGCCCACAUAUGAAAAAAACAUUACCAAGUCAAAGUAUGUAAGCUAACCGAACGGGAUUAUCUUAGAACAACAUAACAGACUUUAUAUUUUUCCUGCAGAUAACACCAGGACUAGUUAACUCUACUCUGCAAUAUGAGAACAAUGCUGUGUCUUUAUUGCCACGUGGUUUCUACAUAGUGAGGAUGCUGACUUUUGGCUUUGACAUGUAGCUUUAGCAUCAGGCUCUUAGCACGAUAUUAUGUAUGUAGCCAUCAAGUGCAUUAACCCUUAACCUUAAAAAAGAGUCAGAGGGCGUUUUAACCCAUUUAUUUAACUAACAUUAGCUUAAUUAGCUAGCUGAUUUUCAAGAACUGCAAUGGUAAACCUGACACCAUUAUCAUUUUAAAUUGCACAUGUGCACAAUGUAAAGCUCCACAGGCAUAGCAACAGUCACUAAGGGAGGGCGGGACUUAGUGUACAGUCAGUCUUCCACUUUACGGCGGGUUACGUGCAGAACUGUUUCCCAGCCAAGAAAUAAUCCCACACAUAACCAGCCAUGGACUGGAGAACUUUUUACAUUUUGGACCGACCCAGGCGAGCUGUUGUCUCGGCCUUUCGGCUAAGCUAAGCUAACUGGCUGUAGCUUCAUAUUUGACAGAUAGAUAUGAGAGUGGUAUCGAUCUUCUCAUCUAACUCUGCAAGAAAGCGAAUGAGUGAAUUUCCCCAAAUGUAGAACUGUUCCUUUAACAUGUAGAUGAAGAGCCAAAGUGGCAUUUUUAACACUGUUGGGUUGUUUGAGAAGCAGCCAGUCUUUGUAGAUCCUCAUCCGGACUGGCCGAAGAGGAAGCAGGGGUGUUGUGGGCGUGCCUUCGAUGGGUGUAGAGCUCAUCUGCUGUAGCUAGCCAUGUGUUUGUAGGCUGCUUUUUACUGUGUUUGACACUUCAAACUUCAGAUGUCAGUCAGGGCAUUCAUUUUGGGCCAAGCCGUCUGUGAGCAGAACUAAAACCAGGUCGCGAAUAAAAGGAUGUGGGCCAAACAGCAUCAGUAGUCCCGCUUUUUAACCUGGAUAAAAACCACUUGACCAAAAUGUGAAUUCUACUUCUGUGAUGCAUUUUAAAUACUUGGAUUUGAAGAUGAACAUGUAAUUGAAAUUUACUCUGCUGUGUUUACAAUUUCAGCCAUUUGGUAAGCAGUUUUAAAUUUGAGCGGGUUGUCCUCAGCUGACCUCACCAACCUCGGCCUGGAUUCGCCUAAACGAAUGCACCUAUUUGUAAAGCACGAAUGUUGCACAAGUGUUUUAUGUUCUGGAAAACACCUUGAAUUUCCAGUUUAUUUAUUAAA